GCCAGGCCUUAGCGGAAGUAGGAAGUGAAGGUAGCGAAGCUCCGAGCUGGGCCUCGGGGGCUGCUCUAGCGGCCGUAAGGAGCCGGGCCCGGAGCCCGACAUGGCGGCGCGUGCGCGGCUCUGCUCGCUGCUCGGCUCGGUGCUGGCCCUGGCCGCGCUCGUGGGGCAGGUGACGGGGGUCAAGAAUUCUGAGGAUGUCCGAUGUAAAUGCAUAUGUCCUCCUUACAAAGAUCAUCCUGGCAAUAUUUACAACAAAAAUGUUUCACAGAAAGACUGUGAUUGUCUUCAUGUGGUUGAGCCUAUGACCGUCCCUGGACCUGAUGUGGAGGCAUACUGCUUACGUUGUGAAUGCAAAUACGAAGAGAGAAGCUCUGUCACAAUUAAAGUUACAAUCAUAAUCUAUUUAUCCAUCUUGGGCCUCCUGCUGCUGUACAUGGUGUACCUUACAUUGGUAGAACCUAUACUGAAGAGACGUCUCUUUGGACAUUCACAGCUAAUUCAAAGUGAUGAAGACAUUGGGGAUCACCAACCUUUUGCAAAUGCCCACGAUGUGCUGGCUCGUUCCCGGAGUCGUGCCAAUGUGUUGAACAAAGUGGAGUAUGCCCAGCAACGUUGGAAGCUACAGGUCCAAAAGCAGCGCAAAUCUGUCUUUGACCGUCAUGUUGUGCUCAGUUAAUUGAUGUCUAAUUCAAUGAUGACCAGAAGAAAGUAAAAGGGACUAAAGGAAAGAGCUGACUUAUGUCUUCCUGAUUCUACCACUUUUGAAUGGUUUGUUACUGGCAGCAAAAAAGUGUUAACUUUGUAAGAAUGUUCUGGAGUGGAAACUAUCAAAAAUAAACAACAAAGUUAAUUAGCCAAAAGCUGAUAAUUCUUUACAUUUUUUUAAAUGCCAUUUACUAAUAAAACUAAAAAAAACAACUUACUCUAAGGUAUCUUUGGAUGUAACUGUGGUACCUUAUUUAUUAUGACUAAGAUGUUUUUAAAUGUAACUUAUACGGUUUAAAAAGUACCAGAGAGCAUACUCUGUAACAAAAGAUCAGUUACAACACACUAAUCACUUUACUCAGUGAACCUUUGUAAAUAUAUUCAGUUUUUCUCCUCACUGUUUAAUGCUGUGUACUGGAAAUCUAAAUCUUGCAGUGUAGUUUUCCUAUCUGACAUUGGCCAGUUGUGCUCAUCAUUUGGUUUCUUGCACUGUUACUUUGAAGAUGUUUGUAUAGCAGCUGACCGUUGCAAACUUAAGGCAAAACUUAAAUGGACAAUGACUGUUGAUGAUAAGCUGCACACUUAAGGUACUGUGAUGUAGAUAAACUAAUGCAGUGCACAUUAAGACAGCGCUUUACUGUUUUGCUUUGAUCACUUAGUAUAUUGUAUGUGCUACCUACAGAUCUCUUCCCUGUCUCUUCAUGGAUAAAGUCUCAGGAGUUAGUGUAUGAUAAAGUAUAUAUUUAAAAAAUAAACUCUGUAUUUGUCUGGGUUGAUGGUAUAAGGCAUAUACUCUCCAGCAUCUUCUGUCAUCUUGGGAGUUAGGUGUAUUUUUUAACUGUGAUGCUGUACUCAUCCCUCUGAGGUAUACAGCUACUGGAUAACUAACUUUCAUAUAUCCUCUUUGGAAUGGAACAAUUAAAGAUGAUCAUGAUUUUUGAAAAACCUAUUUGCAGUAUCUGUAUUUCAUCAUUUCUCUCCCUCAUCACACUGCAUGUAAAUUUCAUAUUUAAAAUAAUUUUGCCAAAUGUGCCUAAGAUUACAAAUGAUGUGCAUUGUUUGUAAAUGUUCAAUGCUUGGGUGACGGAAAGAAUGGCUCAGAAAACUGCUAAUAUACAGAGUGCUUCUAACCUCUGAUUCAAAUCCAGGUCCAGGCAGUAGUGGCUGCAAGUUAUCACCCAUCUGAGGGUUCUGUGCUGUGUAAAAUGAGCUAGCAUCAGUCCAAUUUCUAGUGAGAGUUCACAUAAAAUCACCAGUUAUUACUGCCUGGCACUCUUCUUGGCAUUUUAAACAGCAAGGUGGAGGACUAAAUGGGUACAGAAACUUAAAUUGGCUGUUGCAGCUAGAGCUAGUCCAUCCAUAUUAGCAUUUGAGACACUAGCAGGGCCAUAUAAGGACACUU